AUGAAAUCCAAGAAAAAAGCUGGCAUGGGGAUUGGAAGUAUUACUGAUAUCAACUACGCUAUGUUAACUAAAUGGUGGUGGAGAUUCAAAUCGAACCCGAACCAGCUUUGGGCUAAGGCAAUCGCGGCGGUUCACAACAAUGGCUCGGUAAAUCAUCUAAUUCCUUUAAAAAAAUCUAUCCCUGGAUUGUGGAAGGAUAUCGGUAAUAUGGAGUCGGAGCUAGACAAGGUAGGCAUAAAUAUUCAUCAGAAUCUGGUGGAAGAGAACGGAAACUCGCGGUGGCGGAAUAGUACGAAGGAGCAGUUUUCGGUUAAGCAGGUUCGAAAAGAUAUCAAAAGUGCUAAACUGGCUGAUGCAGCAAACGAUCCGAAGUAUGAAUGGAACCGCUGGGCUCCGCCUAAAGGUAGUUUCCUGCUUUGGAGAACCCUUUUAGGUAGGAUAGCUGCUAGGGAAUGUCUUGACCGCAGGGGUGUGGUGCUAUCCGAUAUUAGUCGCCCUCGAUGUGGGCUUGAAGUGGAGAGUCCAGAUCAUAUCUUUAUUAAAUGUUUGUGGCCGAAGAGUAUAUGGUGGAAUGUGUUGACUUGGGUCCGUAUUCGUUUCCCUAAUGAUUGCGGGUCACUGUCAGACUUUAUGAACUAUGUUAAGGAGUGCCCGGGUGGAAGAAUCUGGAAAUGUUUAGUUAACACAAUUGUCAUAGCUACAGUUUGGAGAAUUUGGAGUGCAAGAAAUACUAAGGUGUUCGAUGGCUGCUUUAUCCCGAUUAUGAAGACGGUGGAGCUCAUCAAAGAAGACUCUUUUCUUUGGAUUAGCUAUCGCUCGAGAUGCAAGAAACCGAAAUGGGAAAACUGGGUAUCAUUUGAUGUUGUAGACAUAACUUAA